AUGCGCCUCGUCCUACUCUCGACGCUCCUGGCGUCCGUCACCGGCGUGGCUGUCGCAAAACCCGAGAAGAUCAGGGGCGUCAGCGACCCCGUCUACCACUUGUACCUCCAAGCAUACCCGAAGGACAAGACGGUGCCCGUCCUGGGGCCCGAGGCCUCAGCCGAGUCUUUCAAUAUCGCGGGCUCCAUCCAGAGCGCCAACUCGAGCUCGUACCUGAACAUCGGAAGCGAUACCACGUCGUACAAGAGCCUCAAGUUUAGCAACGCCUCGGAGACGACGGCGUGGGGGCUCGAGGGCGACACCAUCAUUACGACACAGGGGAGCACCUGGGGCCGCCGUGAGUGA